CUCCCGUCUCAGCUUCCUGAGUAGCUGGGAUUACAGGCAUGUGCCACCACACACAGCUAAUUUUUGCAUUUUUUGUAGAGACCAGGUUUCACCACAUGGGCCAGGAUGGUCUCGAACUCCUGACCUCAGGUGAUCCACCGGCCUUGGCCUCCCAAAGUACUGGGAUUACAGGCGUGAGCCACCACACUUUCUUAUGUUAUUAAAUAGCCUAACCCAGGAAGGGUGUGGUGGCUCACAGCUAUAAUCCCAACAACUCUAAAGGCCAAGGUGAGAAGAUCGCUUGAACCCAGGAGUUCGAAACCGGCCUGGGCAACAUAGCGAGACCCCUGUCUCUACAAAAAAAUACAAAAAUUAGGCCAGGCGUGCACCACUUCCGGCUAAUUUUUGUAUCAUUUGUAGGGACGGGGUUUCAUCAUGUUGCCCAGGCCGGUCUCGAACUCCUAAGCCCAAGCCAUCCAUCCUCCUGCCUCGGCCUCUGACAAUGCUGGGAUUACAGGGCCCAGCCAGCCUCAUGUUUUCUUUAAGCAGUCCCUCCCUGUUGCACACUUGGAUAGUUUUCUUUUUUAUUUUUUUAGACAGAAUUUACCUCAGUCUCGCAGACUGCAGUGCUGUGGUGGGAUCAUAGCUCACUGAAGCCUUGAACCUUGGGGUUCAAGCAGCUGGGGGGCUGAGGUGGGACUUCAGAGAUGGGGUCGCCCUGUGUUGCCCAGGCUGCUCUUGAUCGCCUGGCCUGAAGGGAUCCUCCCGCCUCUGCCGCGCAUGAACAUAGUUUCCUAUUUUUGACCAACAUAAACCCUGUGCUGAGUUGGAGUUUGUCAACUACCCUUCUCCAGCAACCUACGGGACCUGACGGGGAUGUCCGGGUUACCGGGCUCCACUCCAAGGAAAAGACAGCCCUGCUCUAGGCACUGUACCGCCACUGUGACGUCCUCGAAGGUCUGCCUCUAUGACGCCGCCGAAGGCACCCCCGCUUCACAAGCGGAGCCCAUCGGAACUCGAGGCGGGGCUGCUGGGUCUUCCAGGAGCGCCCAGACACGGGCGCGUGGCCACGGGUGGCCACAGGUGGCCACAGGCGCUGGGCAGGAUGGCAGCGGCCACAGAGCGGGCCCUUCCACGUCUGCAGGCUCUGGCCCGGCAGCCACCACCCAUAAGCAAUGAGGAGGAGCUUUAUGACUGCCUGGACUACUACUACCUGCGCGACUUCCCUGCCUCAGGGGCCGGGCGCAGCAAGGGCCGCACUCGGCGCGAGCAGGCGCUGCGCACCAACCGGCCUGCACCUGGCGGGCACGAGCGCAAGGUCCUGCAGAAGCUCCUCAAUGGCCAGCGCAAGCGCCGCCAGCGCCAGCUGCAGACCUGGCUGCGCACUCGCCCCACCUGAGCCUGGGAUACCGAAGGACCUGUUCAAAGUAUUUUCUGUAACUCCAACUGUAACUUGUUUCUGAGGAGGAGAGAAUCCAUGUUUGGUCAACAGAACUUUUCCCUGUCACUUAAGUUUACUGCUUCCAUAUCUUUUCCUUACUUGAUUGUUAAUUAAGUAGUGUCCAAGUGGAUUAGCCUUUUGAGGGUUUAUUAAUUAAAAGAGAGCAGCAAGAAUGGCA